AAAUCAGUCAACAUUCGAUGAUGGUUUCUCAUCACCGAAGCCAGCAAGUUCGGUUGGCAAUAUUAACUGGGAUCGGGAAACAUUUCGAAUGCGUAAUUGUCGUUCUGCUACUUCUGCUCCGUUUUAUCGUGAAUCCUACGGGAAUCGAUUAUUUGCUCACAAUCGUUAUGACUCAUUGACAGAUGCUGAAAAUGCAGAUGAUUGGUUGAAGUUUCAAUUGAAAAAAUUGAAAGCAAAACGAGAGAAUAAUCCGGAAGCGUUACGACGAAAACGACAGGAAAAAUUACUUCUCGAAGAAUUGAAACAUGUAAAUGAUGGUAGGAAAAUGACACGUGAAAAUAAUGAACGUACGUAUAGCUUAGAAAGUUACGGACAAUCCAUUGAUCCGUUAAUGGAAUAUCGCGUAGAAGAGGAACGUUUACAGAAUGUUCGUACACCAUAUCAUGAUAAUAAUGAUAGUAAUCGAGCAGCUAAUGAAUCAGUUAACUCUAUCCAAAAAACGACUGACUUCAUCAAUUCAUCAGCAUUACCACCAAAGUAA